ACUGGUAGGUGGAGCUACUGGUAGGUGGAGCUAUAGAUCAAAUUGCAUUGCUUGAUUUGCUUGAGCGGAUUUGCUUCUUAUUUAAGCCCCACUCAUAAGCUACUACAGUUUACACUGAAGCUGAAUUAUGAAGGAUUUUCGUCUGGAGUUGAACAAUCCUCCAAAUGGCGUUUAUUUUACCGGUGGCACUGUAACCGGUACUGUCAUAGCUGUCAAUGACGACCAGCCCAAAGACUACAAAGCAAUUCAAGUCAGAAUAGUUGGAGCAGCCGACGUCCAUUGGUCAGAAGAGAGAGGAUCAGGGGAGCACCGUCACACUGUCCACUAUAGAGCCCAUGAGGUUUACAUUGACACCUUCGUUCAUGUUUGGGACAGGAACACAGCAGGAGGGGGUCAAUUCCCUGUUGGUAAUUUCCAAUUUCCAUUCUCCCUUCAACUGGGAAGUGGUAACUUGCCAGCCUCGUACACUGGUACAUGUGGUCGUAUAGACUACAAGAUAGAGGCCAGGGUUAUGAAAGAUGGUAUCUUCAAGCGUGACACUCGUUGCGAAGCAUACAUCAAUGUUGGUAGCGUCAUCCCUAUCAAUAAUCCUCAACUUCAUACCCCAAAAGCAAUGGAGAUCAGUAAAACCCUUUGCUGUCUAUGCUGUGCUUCUGGUCCUAUUAAUAUCACAGCUACUGUGCCACGUACUGGCUUUUGCAUACUUAAAGACGCCAUACCAGUUGAAGUAUCUGUUGAAAAUGGGAGCCGCAGAGAUGUACGCCAAAUUGUUGCUUCAAUCCGCAAGCAUGUUCACUACACAGCACAGGGCCACCAUCGUUAUGAUAAUGUAACAGUAGCCAGCGUUGCUAGUGAACCAGUGGCAGCUCAUAGCUCCACAGUAUGGCGUCCACCUCCUAUUGCUGUCCCUAAUACCCCAACCAAACUCCUCAACUGCAACAUACUUCAAGUAACUUAUUAUCUGACCAUUACUGGCUCAAUCUCAGGUGCCAUUAACCCAGUCAUUAGCAUACCCAUUACUAUUGGUAAUCUGUCAAUGACGACCAGCCCAAAGACUACAAAGCAAUUCAGGUCAGAAUAG